AUGGCGCCGCACGCCGACCUGGACGAAAAUGAAGACCACAUCGUGCGCCUCCCGGCCCCCGAAAGACCGCCCUUCUCGCCCUCGCCGCCGCGGAUCCUGAUCAUCGGCGGCGGCAACCGGGGGAUCGCCUACUCCAAGGCCAUCCAGAAGUCAACCAACGGCCUCGUCGUGGGCAUCGUGGAGCCCAUCGCCGUGAAGCGGCGCCACAUCGGCCGCAAGUACAUCUGGGGCAGCUCCGGCAAGCCUUCCGAGGGCCAGGAGUUCGAGACAUGGGCCGAGUUCGUGCGCUGGGAGAGGGAGCGCCGGCGCAGGGCCGAGGCCGGCGAGGAGGGCGUCCCGCAGGGCGUCGACGCCGUCUUCGUCUGCGUGCAGGACCAGAUGCACCGGCAGGCCGUGCUGGACCUGGCGCCGCUGGACCUGCACGUCAUGUGCGAGAAGCCGCUGGCCCCGAACCUGGGCGACUGCAUCGACAUAUACAAGGCGCUCCUGCCCGACCCGUCGGCGGCGCCGUCGAGGCUCUUCGCCGUUGGCCACGUCCUCCGCUACAGCCCGCACAACAUGCUGCUGCGGAAGCUUUUGGUCGAGGACAGGGUCAUUGGCGAGGUCAUGGCCGUCAACCAUACGGAGCCUGUGGGCUGGAAUCAUUUCACUCAUAGCUAUGUGAGGGGAAAUUGGCGGAAGGAGUCGACAUCUGCACCAUCUCUCCUCGCGAAAUCGUGUCACGAUAUAGACUUGUUGUACUGGCUGUUAGCAGCCAACGCCGGGGGGCCCUCAAAGCCAGUUCACGUCCCCCGAGACAUCUCCUCGUCCGGUUCACUCCAGCACUUCAAGCGGUCCCAAAAACCAGCCGAGGCGGGCAACGCAACAAACUGCAUGUCCUGCGCCCUCGAGCCGUCCUGCCAGUACUCCGCAAAGCGGGUCUACACCAGCCCGCAGCUCAAGAGCGAGAACCAGGACCGCUGGGCCCGGAUAGCCUGCCCGGAGAUGGAGGAGUGCAUCGCGGCGGGCGGCCCCGCCGCCGGCCAGGAGGCGCUGCUCGCGAAGCUGGCGGAGGACUACGACGCCUCGUCCAUGUCUGCGGGCGAGAUCAGCAGCCGGAACUGGUUUGGCCGCUGCGUCUACGAGGCUGACAAUGACGUGUGCGACAACCAGACGGUCACGCUGACGUGGGACGACGACCCGGUGGCGCAGGAUGGGGAGACGGAGCGCGAGGCGCUGGCGGGUAGGGCUAGCAAGACCGCGACGCUGCACAUGGUGGCUUUCACCAAGAAGAUCUGCCAGCGGUUCACGCAUAUUUACGGCGCGGACGGCGAGAUAACCGCAGACAGCUCGUCUAUCACGGUGGAGGACUUCAAGACCGGAGGGAGGCGGGUCUUCUACCCAUAUGUCCCCAAGGGAGGUGGGCAUGGCGACGCAGAUGAGGGUCUGGCCCGCCAAUUCGUCUUGGCUGUCGACAAGGUCAAGAACCAUGGCUGGGGCGUGGCACAGGCCCAGAAGGAAUACAUGGGGUGUUCCUUAGAAGACGUGAUCAUGAGCCACAGUAUGGUAUUUGCAGCAGAGGAUGCGAGGAAAAGCAGGACCGUGGUUGAUUUCCCUAAGUGGUGGGAGAAGAAUGUUGUCAGGUGA